AUGUUGAGUAUCAACUUCUCGACACCUCUCGCGGGAGCUGCUCGAUCCGAGAGAAUCAAGCAGAUGACCAACAAUCACCCUGCCUUUGAGAAGGCUCGUAUGUCGCAAGAGAUACUUGUCAAGAUCCAGACAUCCCUUCGCCGCAUGCCUGGUGUUUCCUCCAAGGAAUCCAAUGAGAUCAUCACAAAGCUGCAAGAAGUUGGGCAAAUCAUCAGCUCAGAGACGAGUCAGCUCGUUGAUGCGCUUAUGAACCUGACACUCGAUCAAGAGGAUACGGACAAGGCCAUCGCCCGAAUGAGUAUCGAGGCCAACCUUGCCAAGGCAGAGGCUGAUGACCAGAGUCACAACCUGGGCAACCUCCGUACCGAACUGGCGGAUGAGAAGGGCAAACGCCAAGAAGCGGAAGCGGAAGCGGCCAAACUCAAGAGUCAUCUCGAGAAGCACAUGGAUGAGUUGAAGUCUCUCAAGGCGAAGGUCUGUGAUGGUGGCUCUGAGGGUACCAUAUCUAGCGCCGUUCACGAUGAGUUGGUCAAGCAGCUUGAAAACUCUAUCCAGCACAUAGAGAACCAGCCCAAUGCUGGCCGAUCCACGUUGUCCAUGAGCAACUCCAGUCCUGACUCUGUGGCGCAUGCUCUUGAGACCAUCGCUGAGGCAUGCCCUGAUAGAAACGCCGCGCAGAAGUCUAUCAUGUCUUUGCGUCCUAAUGGCACGGACUCUCCCAACAAGGCUGUUGGUAUGAAUGACGGCGCUCUUCAGUCUCAGCGUCCCUCCUCUGCCUUGCAGAAUAGUCGUCCCCCCAACCUGCCCACGCGCUUUGGCUCUCACAUUGUGCCUCCUCCUUCUCGCCCAGGCUCUGCUGCUCCGAGUGAGCGCCGAUGCAACCAGUGGGGAGCUCCUCCUACUCCCGUUCAGAGCCAACCUCGCUACGCGGUCCCUCCUCCAAAUGGCGCUGGACCUCAGUCCAUGUUUGGUCGAGCUGCCCCCCGUCGUGGCUUCAGCAACGGUACCUAUCGUCCUAAUGCACCUGAAUUUUAUCCUCAAUCCUACGGGCAACCUGACAAGGGACCGUCUGCCCCUGGCAAUGGCGGAUUCGGCCAGCAGCGCCGGGAGUUUUACCCCCCUACCCCUUCUCACAACCGCAAUAAGUACAGCCGCUUCCGCGAUCCCGUCCAAGCUCCUGAUUUCGCCGGCCCUCCUGGCGCUCUGACUACUCGUCCCUCUUUCCCUGGCCCCCCUAUCCAUAUCACUGAAAUGACUAUUGGGGCGUGGCAUGACCAGCUAACGGAACUCUACACGACUGUCCGCCUCUUCGUCGAUGUCUAUGCUGACAAGCCGACUUUUGUCAACCCUAUGGAUCUUUCCAGCACUCGUCUCUGGCCUGUGCUCUUGGCUACUUACCACCCCCUCUCGGAGACAGAGGCAAUCUCCUACCUUGACUUUCACCUCAAGGACAGAAGUUCCAAGUCUUGCCUUGUCACUCGCGUCAUCAUUGACUACAUUGUCAAUCGAGUUUGGGUUCCUCGGGCUUGGAUGGGUGCUGAGACUGACGCUACCUACGGCAUCGCGGAAGUUGAGAAGGAUCUUGAGAGAACUCAAGGCCAGACCGCCGUCCGUCGACAGCACAUCCUUGAUCGACAGGCGACUAUCAUUGACUCUAUUCUCAAACUGGACAGCUUCGAGGAGUUCAGCAAGGUCCGUUGCCGGGAGAUCUCGGACGUCAUCCUUCACAUGGUCGAGCCACUCCUAAACCCUACCGCCGAUCCCGAGACUACAUACAGCGAGCUCGAGAAGGUCUCAUCUGCUGCCUGGGCUCUGUCAAGCCGCAUCCUCAGCAGUCGACUGACAUUUGACUUCCGCUUCCCUGAGAUCGGAAGCCGAUUCUCUCACCAGUCCAUGUUCCCCAUCUGGCCCGAUUCUGAUCCCCAUGAGCUUCAGGCUGAGCAUUGGCGAAUUGCCCUUGUCACUACACCUGUUGUGACCUGCCGCAAUGACACCGGCUCAAAUAUCUCUGCUCACUCGGUUUGUAUGGCUGAUGUUGUAUGCAUGCGAUGA